GACCACUGCGGCGAGAUGCUGUGGGGGCUGGUGCGCCAGGGCCUCAAGUGCGAAGGCUGCGGUCUGAACUACCACAAGCGCUGCGCCUUUAAGAUCCCCAACAACUGCAGCGGCGUGAGGCGACGCCGGCCAUCCAACGUGUCGCUCACGGGGGGGGCAGCCAUCCCGGGGGGACGCUCCCCGUCCGCCGAGCCCUCGCCGCCGCCCCACUACGGCGACGAGGCCCUGCUGUCCCCCGUCAGUCCCAACACGGAGAAGUCGGCGUCGGCGUGGUCUUCGGACGCGUGGCGGGUUCGCGAGCGCCGCGCCAGCUGCCAGUCGUACGUGGGCCGGCCCAUCGAGCUGGACAAGCUGCUGAUGUCGAAGGUCAAAGUUCCUCACAGCUUUCUCAUCCACUCGUACACGCGGCCCACCGUUUGCCAGCACUGCAAGAAACUCCUCAAGGGGAUCUUCCGGCAGGGACUGCAGUGCAAAGAUUGUCGCUUCAACUGUCACAAGCGUUGCGCUGCAAAAGUUCCAAACAACUGCUUGGGAGAAGUUGCCAGAAACGGAGAGCUACUGAGUCCGGGGGCGGAGUCUGACGGCAACAUGGCGGACGGUUGCCUUGACGAUCACGAAAGGGGCGGCGGCCUGAUGGACGACGCGGAUGACGUCGUCAUGACGACGGACGACAUGAGCGUCACCACGAUGACAGAAGCGGGGCCCGGAGACCUCGGCGACAUGCAAGACCCGGACGGGGACGAGUCCAACCGAGCCAUCAGCCCGUCGACCAGUAACAACAUCCCACUGAUGCGAGUGGUCCAGUCGGUCAAACACAGCAAGAGGAAGAACAGCAACGUCACGAAGGAAGGAUGGAUGGUCCACUACACCAGCAAGGACACACUGAGGAAGAGACAUUACUGGCGGCUGGACAGUAAAUGCAUCACGUUGUAUCAGAACGACACAGGAAGUAAAUAUUACAAGGAGAUUCCACUGUCGGAGAUCUUGUCGCUGGAGGCCGCUCGGACCUUCUCGCUUCUCCCGGACGGCGCCGACGCACACUGCUUCGAGAUCGCCACCACGGCGGCGCUGGUUUACUUCGUUGGCGAGGACCAGCACUGCUCCGACGGCAACGCCGACGUGCUGGUGAGCGGCGUGGGCCAGGACGUGGCCCGCAUGUGGGAGAUGGCCCUCCAGCACGCCCUCAUGCCGGCAGUCUCCACGGGCGUCUCCCGCAGUGGUCGUGGCGACGGGCACAAGGAAAUCUCCAUCAGUAUUUCUGUCUCCAACUGUCACAUCCAGGAGAACGUGGACAUCAAUUCCAUCUAUCAGAUCUUUCCAGAUGAAGUUCUCGGGUCAGGACAGUUUGGAAUCGUCUAUGGGGGGAAACACAGGAAGUCGAGCCGCGAUGUAGCCAUCAAGAUCAUUGACAAGCUUCGCUUCCCCACCAAACAAGAGAGUCAACUGCGCAACGAGGUGGCCAUCUUGCAGAACCUGCACCACCUGGGCGUGGUGAACCUGGACUGCAUGUUUGAGACUCCGGAGCGCGUCUUCGUGGUGAUGGAGAAGCUUCACGGAGACAUGCUGGAGAUGAUCCUGUCCAGCGAGAAAGGUCGACUGCCCGAACGCAUCACCAAGUUCCUCGUCACGCAGAUCCUGGUGGCUCUGCGUCAUCUCCACUUCAAGAACAUCGUCCACUGCGACCUGAAACCCGAAAACGUCCUGCUAGCGUCGGCGGAUCCUCUCCCGCAGGUGAAACUGUGCGACUUCGGAUUCGCUCGCAUCAUCGGCGAGAAGUCGUUCCGGCGCUCGGUGGUGGGCACGCCGGCGUACUUGGCGCCGGAGGUGCUCCGCAACAAAGGGUACAACCGCUCGCUGGACAUGUGGUCGGUCGGCGUCAUCGUCUACGUCAGCCUCAGUGGAACGUUCCCGUUUAACGAAGACGAAGACAUCAACGAUCAGAUCCAGAAUGCCGCCUUCAUGUACCCGCCGCACCCCUGGAAAAAAGUCUCCCCGGAAGCCAUGGACCUGAUCAACAAUCUGCUGCAGGUGAAGAUAAGGAAACGCUACAGUGUGGACAAAACACUAAGUCACGCUUGGCUGCAGGACUACCAGAUGUGGUUGGACCUGCGCAGCCUGGAGAGUCGCGUGGACGAGCGCUACGUCACGCACGAGAGCGACGAUCUGCGCUGGCGUCAUCACGCCAGGCUCGGCGGCGGCCACGCGCAGACCUACCAGCAGGGGGCCGCGCUCCACCCGGCCCGCCAGGACGAGUUGGAGACCCUGAGCGAGCGCGUCAGCGAACUCUGA